GAGCUGAUUUACUUUUCUCUUGCCAUUUUUGAAGAUUAAAAUGCUGCACAAGAUAGCUUUACUGGCCACUGUUACCAUUUUGGGUGUGCUGGAACAAGCCUAUUUUGCCAUUCAGGUGAUCGUUUUUCGGCGGAAAUUCAAAAUCUCUCCUCCCAUCGCUUCAGGCCCACCAGAAUUUGAAAGGAUCUUCAGAGCCCAAGCAAAUUGCUCAGAAUAUUUCCCAAUAUUUCUCUCACUCUUAUGGGUAGCUGGGAUCUUCUCCCAUCAAGUUUUGACUGCAUUCUGUGGACUAAUUUACCUCUAUGCUCGCUAUCAAUACUUUAAAGGAUAUGCACAUUCUGCUGAAAGAAGAUUGGGCCCCAUGUAUUUCAGCACCGGAGUCCUUUGCAUUCUUAUUGGGUUGUCCGUGGUGGGAUUACUUGUCCAUUUUGUGCAACACUUUUGAUUCUUUAAAAUUGCUUUUAAAUCAGCCAUCUAUCCUUUCCAACUGACAGAAUACUCAGCAAUUGUGCCAUUGUUCUCAACUUUUAUUUCUCUUUUUUCGAAUUAAAAUAGUUUUGUACAUCAGCCUUUUAAAAAACGUAAUUCCAUAGAAGUGCAUUUUGGUUUACUGUUGAUGUUCCUAUGGUUUCACCACAGUAGUAUUGUUAUAUCUGUUUUCUGUGGUAGAAAAGAGUAUUUAGAUUAUAACAGAUUUAAAUUUACAAGGUAGAAUUCUGAAUAAGGUAGAAUUCUGAAUAAUACCUGUUGUACUGUUAGGCUAGUCUCUUUUUGAUGCUUUGAACAAGGAAUACGGGAGAACAAGGAGGGCCAGUGGGGGUCUGGAUUGAAUGCAGUUGGAAUCGAAGUCUUGCACUGAGGAUGCUGUGCUCAUGGGGUCAGGUCUACUGGAAGACAGAACCAGAAUUACGUCCUAAUCAGCCUCGCUUGAAAUGAUUGUUAAGAACCAUGGACAAAACCAAAAUUUCUUUUAAAGAACCCCUAUUGGACUUUUCUCUGUUCAGAAAAGACACACAGAGUUUUUGGAAUAAGGUUAUAUAUGAAUAAGUUCAUGGAAAUGUUUGGAGGAUAAUAAAUCAGAGAAAUGCUUGAUAUGGUGAGAUACUAUUUUGAGGUUUGAAGCAAGGCCAAGAAAUAUUGCAAUUACUUUCUUCAUAAUUAAAAUUAUCAAGUAAACCCACACAAUUUUCCUUUGUUUAUAGCACCUUCUUCUAAUCAUGAAAGAAUAUAGUAAAUGUAAGAACUUAAUAAAAUUUAUAAAAUUAGAAUAUAGCCAUACUGGUAAGAGUUUACCUACUUGCUGCUUAAAUGCACUGAUUUUUUUGUGGUUGAUUGGUUAUGUGCUAUCAA